AUGCAAGGGUUUUUUCGCCGUUCUGUUCGCUACAAUCGAAAAUACGUGUGUACGUUUGAAAAUGAUUGCAAAAUCAGUAAUGGUAAGUCAAACUUAUAACUCGUUUUGUUAUUUUGAUCUUCACUUUCACACGUUUUCUACGAUCUUCUGAGUUUUUCAACUUUUUGGAUUUCUAAAGAUUUUUAAAGAAUUUUAUCAUGUUUUGAAAUUGAGUUGAUGAUAUUUUAAUAACCUAAAUUAAUGAAAAAACUUCAAACAUUUUAAAAAAAUACAAGGUUAAUGAAAUUAAUAUAGUAUAGUAAAGUAAAUUUCAGAGUACAGAAACUGUUGCCGAGCUUGUCGCUUCCGGAAAUGUAUCGAAAUUGGACUUGAUCCUAAAAGUAAGUAUACACAAUUAUACUUUAUUUGCAAUUAACUGCUUCAAACGCGUGAUUUGAGCACUUAAUACGUACGUACAGUUGUCCAACUGAUAAACCGUACACUUAGGUUUGAUAAGAACUGAACGUGACCCACUAUAACAAAAAAGUCCGGGCUUUGUAAAAAAAUUAUUGGUGUUUUGGAUGAUCUUGUUGCACAUAAUUUGACCAAAAAUUUUAAAAAAUUAUUUUACUUUUUAAAUAUUAAAAAAAUUUUCAUUUUUAAAAUAUUAAAAAUAAAAUUUUUUAGUGGUUCACAGUGACAGAUCAUGCGACACCGUUCUAAAACGCCGUACUGGGGAAGAUAGAGAGAACCGUCAUUAUGAUGAUGGAAAUGAGACCUCAACUUCAAUGAGCCCACCUCUAAUUGAAAAACAACUUGAGAACAGCCAAGACUUUGAAGAGCAUCAACAACUGAAUUUGUGGCAUGCUACUAAUAUUAUCAAGAUGCACCAGUCUUUUCAGGUAGGUCUAAUGAGAGGGUAGGGGGCUAAGGAAGACGGCGUAGAGGAUUGGUAGGGUACUUUCUGUAAAGAGAAUUGGCAAGCAGUUUCUGUAUAAAUCUUCUUAUAAUCAUGAUCUUUUCCCUUUUCUACAGUACCCCCAAUAUCAUACAUCAUUUUUGUUCCACAAAACCAAACUAUACAAUCGAUUUUCGUAACACCUCACCACAUUAAGUUCAAAUGCCCAAAAAAUGCGCUCUCAGAGCGAAGAGAGGGUGUGUAACACUAUUUACUAAUUUUUGAUCCAAUGACGUCGCCAACGUUUCCUUUGAUGUUUUUGCUUUGUGAUCUCUCUGGAAAAGGAAAAAUGCAAACAUGAGGCUUGUGAUUUCAUAUCAAAGCAUGGGCUUGAGAGGCUGGAAUUUGAAUAUGACUUGAUGAAUGUUGUGACAAAAGUAUAGUCAAAUUAUCUUAGAUUUUUUUUUCAAGGAAUGCAUUCAUUUUUUAAAAGCUUGUACAAAAAAUUUAUUUCUAUAUAGGCCAAUUUAAAAAGUUGAACAUAGUUUCAUUUCCUUUCGUUUAUCUCUUAACCCUCCCCGCCACCAUGCUCUAACUUUUACCUAAAAACACGAAUUUUUCGAAAAGUUCUCCCAACAGUACAAGCAUUUGAUUUUUUGUACACUUCACCCAAUCUUGACCAGAUUUCUCAAAUAUCACACAAAAAUCAUCACCCCCACCCCAUACCAAUAAAGUUGACAAUGUUGUUCCAAAAACAGUUACAGCCCUGAACUUUUCUAAACUCGCAACGUCACCGAAUCAAAAAAGAUCCCUUUUGGGCGACGAAAAAACAAGUCUACAAGUUCGACUGUCCAGAUAUUCAAAACAAUAUGUAGUCCGAAUUAUAAGUUUUGCCAUUCGUCUUUUCCAAUUUAAAAGUUCAUUUUUCGCAAAAAUCAGGUUUACAGUAUGACAAUAUAAAUAAAUUUCAGUUGCGUCAGGACUAUCUACCUCUGGGGACGAGAAAUAUUGUUGGUUUAUACGACUUAAAUGCCUCAUCAGUACUACGCUACUACAAAUUAGUCGAUAGGCUUGUAACUGAUUACCAUGAACACGAAAUGAACCAUUUGAUUGGUGUACCACCUUUUCAUAACGUUGAUUUGAAUGUUGGUUUAGAAGCCGGCUUCUUUACUGAACCUAGACAUGUUUGUCAGAGAAGCAAGGUAAAUUAUAUUUUGUUUUUGAAUUUUUUUUUAUUCGUAUUGAAUUUUAAAAAAAAUUUAUUAGGUUUUUACAUCUAAAAAAACUUUUAGUUAGAUUGGUCACCCACCUACCCUUUGCCAAUCCAAUGUUUUCCUCGCAUAUGGGCUCGUAUGUUUGUCGCCUACUCCGACUGGACAUCUCACAUACCAGAAUUGAAAAAACUGUCAUUAGAAGACAAAACUCAAUUACUGGUUAGUCGAUUAACGUCAGUUUGGUGGCAUUGGAUCAUCGAAAAGACUGUGAAACAUACUUGUAAAAAUCAACGAGUUAUUUUAAUGACAGGUGGAAGUUACUUAUCAUUGGAUGAGGAUAAUGAAGUUGUUGUUGAUCAUAAGUAAGUGUCGAAUAUUCCGAUUAAAUAUUCGGAUAAAACAAUAUAAAAAGCAACUGAGAUAGAUAAGAAACUGAUCGAGAUUAAGGCUUUUAGAGAAGGAGCCCCGGUAGCUUAAUAGGUAGAGCAUUCGUCCGGUAAACGAAGGAUGCAGGUUUCGACUCCUGCCUGGGCCACUUUUUCUCUCGUAGUCUGAUAUUUCUUUAAAUUUCUACAUAAGAUUGUUUAAAAUUUUUAAAAAAUUUUUUUGUUCAAAUUUCUUAGUUGACUUCUAUACUGUCAAGUUUGCAACAUUAUAAUUUUUAGUGUUCAAGUAAACCUACGCAAAUCUUGUGAAUGGUUGUAUGACGAAGUCGCCAAGCCCUCGUACGAGUUACAAGUUACAGAAGGAGAAUUUGCUUUGCUCAGACUGAUUUUAUUGUUUAGUCCUUGUAAGUUAUUGAGUUUUUAGUCUAAUUUGUCAAAACUUAAAAAAAGUAAUUAAUUUUUAAUUUUUAGCGCCAAGUUUAAGUCCAGAAGGUAAUCGUACAGUAAGAGAGGCUCAAAAUUUUUACCGCUCAGUAUUAAGUGAAGUGGUAUGCCAGGCAUACAAGUCAGAUCCAUUAUCAGCAUCAAACAGAUUGUGCAGUUUGAUGUUGCUUUGUACUCCUUUUGAGGUAACUUCAUUUUUCAUGUGUAAUAUAAAAAAUUGUGAAUAAAAAAUUAUUUUUUUAACUUUUAAAUUUUUUAAUUUUUCAGCACAUGGCCCAAUUCGAAACCGAAAGUAUGGCUUUGUUGGUACUAUACGGUUCUCAAGGAUUGGCUGGCCAAUUACCAUGUGAAUAUUAUGCCAUGCGGACCAAGUCCUUAAUAUGA